UCCAGGUGAUGGUCAGCGGCUGAUUGUUUCCUGAACGCUCUGCUAAUGUCUGCAUUGGUGUUUUAGCUGCAGUAUGGCAGAGGAGCGAGUAAAGGACUCUCUCUCAGAGAAACACAGUGUGAGAUCAGGAUCAUGUGUGUCUCUGAAGAGUGACCAGUCUAAAGAUGUUUUUCCACCAGACUUCAGAGAGAAAACCCCAUCAUCUGCCAUCAGUGUGAGAUCAGGAUCAUGUGUGUCUCUGAAGAGUGACCAGUCUAAAGAUGUUUUUCCACUAAACUUCAGAGAGAAAACACCAUCGUCUGUCAGUGUUGGAUAUGAGUUAGCAGAUUCAGGAGACGAGACUCACAGAAACCACAAGAGUUUUUCAGGAAACCUCCAGAGGAUCUUUCAGAAGCUUGAAAGCAAAAUGAUCAGAUUUUUGAAGAAUGAACUGGAAAAGUUUAUGAAAAUCUUACAAGAAGAAAACAGUCAAGAGUUUGUAAAGGACUUUAAUGACAAGAGAAGCAAAAUCACAGAAGCAGCUCUUGAUCUCACACUCUUCUUCCUGAGAGAGAUGAAGCAAGAUGAAGUUGCUGAUACUCUCGAGGUUGAGCUGUUCUUCAUCAAUCAGCUUAAAUGUAGCCUAAAGAAGAAAUAUCAAAGUGUGUUUGAAGGAAUUGCUCAGCAAGGAGACUCCACACUUCUGAAUAACAUCUACACAGAUCUCUAUAUCACUCAGGGUGCGAGUGAACAGGUCAACACUGAACAUGAGAUCAGACAGAUUGAAGCUGCUUCCAGACGUCAUCAGUCACUAGAUAUGAAGAUUGAAUGCAAACAUUUGUUUGAAGCACCUGAACAACACAAGCAGAUCAGAACUGUCCUGACAAAAGGAGUUGCUGGCAUCGGGAAAUCAGUCUCUGUGCAAAAGUUUGUUCUGGAUUGGGCUGAAGGGAAAGAAAAUCAAGACAUCAGCUUCAUAUUUCCUCUUCCAUUCAGAGAGAUGAACUUAAAGGAGAAAGAAAGACAAAGUUUAAAAGACCUCAUAACUCAGUUUUUCCCAGAGACUAAAGGACUAAACCUUACAAGAAGCACACGAUUCAAAGUCCUGUUCAUCCUUGAUGGAUUGGAUGAAUGUCGUCUUCCUCUGAACUUUGCUGGUAAUGAGACGUGUGGUGAUGUAUCUUCAGCAGUCUCUCUGGAUGUUCUCCUGACGAACCUCAUCAAGGGAAAUCUGCUUCCUUCUGCUCUCAUCUGGAUCACCAGCAGACCAGCAGCUGCCAGUAAGAUUCCUGCUGACUGUAUCGACCGGCUGACAGAGAUACGAGGAUUCAAUGAUUCCCAAAAGGAGGAGUACUUCAGAAAGAGACUCACAGAUCAGAAUCAGGCCAGAGAAAUCAUUGAUCACAUUAAACAGUCAAAGAGUCUCUUUAUUAUGUGCCACAUCCCAAUCUUCUGCUGGAUUUCAGCCACUGUUCUCCAGAACAUUUUGAAGGAGAACAGAAAUACUGAAGUGAAACACAGGGCUAAUGCUGAAACACUGCAGGAAUCUCCCAAGACUCUGACACAGAUGUACACACACUUUCUCCGCUUUCAGAUCCAGCAGAGCAGAAGAAAGUAUGAUGGAGAAAACACACCAGAUGUCUCCUGGGAUCCAAACCUCAUCCUUUCACUGGGGAAACUGGCCUUCCAGCAGCUGGAAAGAAACAAUGUGAUCUUCUAUGAGAGCGAUCUGAAAGACUGUGGCAUUGACGUCUAUAAGGCAUCGAUGUACUCAGGCAUGUGUACCCAGAUCUUUAAGGAGGAGACGGGAAUCAUUCUUGGUACCAUGUACUGCUUUCUUCACUUGAGCAUUCAGGAGUUCAUUGCAGCCCUUUAUCAACAUCUGUUUCUAGACAGCGACAAGAAGCAUGGAUGGUUUUUUAUACAGAAAAACAAAACUAGAUGUAUGAUUGAUUUGCUGAAGACUGCAGUGGACAAGGCUCUGGAAAGUGAGAAUGGACAUCUGGACCUUUACCUUCGCUUCCUUCUCGGUCUGUCUCUCCAGUCUAAUCGACAACUCUUACGUGGCCUGUUGACACAGCAGGAUGACAGAGACCAGAGCAAAGAGGAAAUAAUUGCAUACAUCAAGCAAAAACUUGAAGGGAAUCUGUCUCCAGAGAGAUCCAUCAAUCUGUUCUACUGUCUGAAUGAACUGAAUGAUCAAACUCUGCUGAAAGAGAUUCAGUCUCACCUCAGUAGAGGAAGUCUGUCAUCUGCUGACCUUUCACCUGCCCAGUGGUCUGCUCUGGUCUUUGUGUUGUUGACAUCAGAGGAGGAGCUGGAGGAGUUUGAGCUUCAGAAAUUCCAGAGAUCAGACGAGUGUCUCAUCAGACUAUCAGCAGUCAUCAAAUCCUCCAAAAGAGCUCAGCUACAGGGCUGUAAUCUCACUGUUCGGUCUUGUGAGAGUUUGUCUUCAGCUCUACAAUCCUCAAACUGUGUCCUGAGAGAGCUGGAGCUGAGUAACAAUGACCUGCAGGAUUCAGGAGUGAAGCUUCUCUCUGAUGGACUGAAGAGUCAACACUGUAAACUGGAGACACUGAGAUUGUCUGGCUGUAUGGUGACAGAGGAAGGCUGUGGUUUUCUGUCUUCAGCUCUGACUUCAAACCCCUCACACCUGAGAGAGCUGGAUCUGAGCUACAAUCAUCCAGGAGAUUCAGGAGUCAAGCUGCUCUCUGAACAACUGGAGGAUCCAAACUACACACUGGACAAACUCAAUCUGGAUCAUGGAGGAGAGACGAGGAUUACAGCAGGACUGCACAAAUAUGUCUGUUUCCUCACACUGGAUCCAAACACAGCACACACUCGUCUCAUUCUGUCUAAGAAGAACAGAGAGGUGAAGAGUGUGUGGAAGGAUCAGCCGUAUCCUGAUCAUCCAGACAGAUUUGAUGAUUAUCCUCAGGUGUUGUGCAGAGAGAGUGUGUGUGGACGCUGUUACUGGGAGACUGACUGGAGUGGACAUCAUGGUGUGUGUAUAUCAGUGUCAUAUAAGAGCAUCAGGAGGAAGGGACGAGCAGGUGAUGAGUGUGUAUUUGGACGUAAUGCUCAGUCCUGGAGUUUGAUCUGCUUUUCCUCCAGAUUCUCAUUCUCACACAAUGACACACACACUCGUCUCCCAGUGAAGCGGCUCAGCAGGAGAAUAGGAGUGUUUGUGGAUCACAGUGCAGGAACUCUGAUCUUCUACAACAUCUAUAGAGACACAAUGAGCCUCAUCCACUCAGUCCAGACCACAUUCACUGAGCCGCUCUGCCCUGGGUUUAGGCUCAGUCCUGGAUCAUCAGUGAAACUGAGCUGAAGACUGAAGAGAGAUUUACCCACAAUCCUCUGCAGGAGCAGUCAGCAGCUGUGAGAUGAUCUGGAGUCUCCUCUCUCUCUCUCUCUCUCUCUCUCUCUCUCUGUGUGUGUGUGUGUGUGUGUGUGUGUGUGUGUGUGUGUGUGUGUGUGUGUGUGUGUGUGUGUGUGUGUGCGUGUGCGCGUGUGUGUGUUUCUCAGUCUUCAUUUGUCACAUCAUUGAUCUUUAUGAAGUGUCCUCCAGGAUCCUGAUGUGUUCAGAUCAGCUCAUUCUUGUCUACAGAUUUAUAUUCUUCAUUGUUUCUCUGUUGUUUGAGCACAAAUAAUAAAAGUCAAUGUCAAAUCCACUGCUGAUGUUAGAAUGUGAUGAUGAAGAUGGAAAUGUCUGAAUCCUGUCUGAAUCUCUGUCAAAUAUUGAAUCAACUGUAGAGAAAUCCAGCAGGUCAAUGAAUAAAGGAGAAAUGAAGUGUGACGUUUGUUUCUGCUCUUCUGAUCUUCCUAUUAUUCAUUAUUUGACUUGAACUGAACAAUAAAAACACAUUUAUUCCAGUAUUUAUUGAUCUGUUAAUGUUAGUUGAUGAGAAGAAAGUUGUUCUCUGUUAGUUCUUGUUGACUCUCAGUGCAUUAACUGAUGUUCACGAGCACAACUGUGGAUUAAUAAUGCUUCAGUAAAUGUCUGAUGACUGAUUCAUUCUGUAGGAGCCAUGCAUUGUAAAUUGGCGAUUGGCCACAAGGUGUCAGUACCAGACUAUAUAACUGUGGCUUCACUGCAUGGAAGAGAUCGUUGGUAGGAAGCACACAGUUGUUGACCGUAACGUGACGUGUAGUAACUCAACUCAACAUUAAGGUAACAGAGAAGUGUGUAUAUAGAUUAAGGAAAAGUGAUGAAGUAAUUCUGUUGAUUGGAAAAUAAAGACGUUUUUAUUUGCAUCUA